GACUGUCAAUCCCUUGGCCAUGUCAGCCCCGUUUUAUACGGAUACGAGGGGGAGGUGGUCUAAGGACCCUUCGUUUUGUGACUUUGGCCCACGGCUGUGUAGGUGCACUACGAAGAUCCGUACAUGUUCGUACGUGUGUGCUGAGCGUCUUCCUUCACCCAAGCCUCCUUCCGGAAAAUGGCAAAGGUUCAAGCGUCUUGUCACCUUGCCGAGAGCGAGCACGAACUUCAAAGGGGGGAACGGAACCAGUCGGCACGCGAAGACACCAUUGCGGCGGUUUGGCAGAUAAUGUUGGUUAUCAAGAAAUUUGGGGGUGAAGUAAAGUUAUUGGACCGCCUGCGUCAAGCUCAGGAAAGGUGCCAUCGUCCCAUGCGGCCGGUUUCAGAUGAAGUAGAGACGAUGUUGAGGAACGAUUUAAAGGUGUUAAAGAACGCCCGGGUACGCCCCCUUGAAAGAUUAGAGAAAAGCCCAUCCCAAGAUGAAUUUCCCAGGAAUGAGACGCUAGGCGGGCCAACGCGAUCGUCUGAACGACCCGGCCGAACACCUUUUUUGCAGUUUGCACGCUUUUCACCACGGAUGCGAAGAAUUGUGAAACCAAACCGCGCCGGCCAAAUUUGGGGGGCACGGGGGGCACAUCCAAGGAACAACCGGGCUUUGAAGCGGGCGGGGGGCCAACUUGUCAAGGACUCAAGAUUGCGACUUGUCUCUGAUCGCCGUCAGGACAGGGGCGGUCCUUAUGUGAUUGUGCAUCCGUACGGAUUUAUAUACAAAUGUGUGAAGAAGGGGAGAUACACAUCGGAAAGCCACUGCCGCACAACUUGUGCGCCACUCGCGAAGCGUCAAUCUCAUUCUCAUCAUCAUCAUCAUCAUCAUCAAACCGCAAAAUCCAUCAAGGGUCUUGAGCCAAAUAAAAUCAAAUGAGGCGGAAAUAAAGGUAUCCGUAUUUCCUGGAAAGGAGCCGGACUUGUGCAGGACUGCAGGUAAACAGUUGCCCUGGACACGGGCCGGGGCCCGUAUAACA